AUUUAUUUCAUGUUGAAUCCUUAUAGGAUUAUAGAAAAUUCAUUGAGCACUGUACAUGUGGUACAGUACAUAACAGUUAGUCUCAAGGCGCGUCUUGCAGAUUUUUCACGUUCCGUAGGCAUUAUAAUGCAGACUGUAUGCAACCAACCGAAAGAGAAACCCAAGGCCGUACAAGUAUUUGGACGGAAGAAAACAGCAACAGCUGUCGCUCACUGUAAACUGGGAUCCGGAACCAUCAGAGUGAACGGCAGACCAUUAGAUGUACUGGAACCACGUCCCUUGUUGCCCAAACUAAUGGAGCCCAUCUUACUACUUGGAAAACACGGAUUAUCUAACUUGGACAUCAGAGUUCGGGUCAGUGGUGGUGGUCGAGUGGCUCAGAUAUAUGCUGUCAGGCAAGCUAUUGCUAAGUCAGUGGUAGCAUUUCAUCAAAAAUACGUUGAUGAAUGUUCGAAAAAUAUGAUUAAGGAGAAGUUCGUUCAGUAUGAUAGAAGCUUGUUAGUUGCUGAUCCAAGAAGGUGUGAACCAAAGAAGUUUGGUGGCUCCGGAGCUCGUGCAAGAUACCAGAAAUCAUACCGUUAAUCUAGCUUAAAUAUAUAUUGAUGGCCUAUAUAUUUCCUUUGUCAUUGAUUGCAGAUUACUUUUUGUCAAACUGAUUGUGAUGAAGGUCUAAAUCUUUAAUGGAUAUGAUCAAUGUAUGUCGUUUAGGCAUGUGAAAUAUUAACAUGUCUUGUGGACAAGUCAGAGUACUCAUCCUCGAGACUGACGAUCUAAUCAUAUAAGAACUUGGUUCGAUAGUCGUAGAGUAGUAGUCAUCUGAAGUGUCUUAACAUCUUUUUAGGGAUGUACUAAAAGUAAGUUGUAUAUUCGAGCGUAUCAGUCUCACGAUAACUGCUAUCAUCUCAAAUGGCAAUUGUUGUUUGGUAGUAGUCUAAUUUUCGUCGCUCAGAAAUUCGUCGGUUAACCAAGAAACCUCUAAAAAGCCAAUAUACCUAGAAUUAUUCUGCAUUUACCCCCCCCCCGAUAGGAUUUGCAGAAUUGAUUUUCAAAAAAGUACUAGUCGUUAGUUACGUUCAGUCACAGGUAUGUAUAACAAACUUUAUUGAUUGGAUGAACUAGCCUAAAUUUUGCAUGGCAUGAGUUGAUAGAAUCUAGUCAUAAUGUGGGACUAGAUAUUUAUGUUAUGGUGUGCUUCCUAGCUUUUUAAGUUGGUCGGAAUAAUAGUUGAAUAAUUCUCGAUAGCUAGAAUAGCAGAGCAUGAUUUGUGGGUUGCCAGGCUCCAUACAAUGGUUUGGUGCCCUCCUGCCUUAUGAACCGACUUUCGGCUUGAAGCUAUCCUUUUUUGUGCUUCCAUACAGACGUUUAGGAUCAGUUUCUGCAACAUCAGGGAUUAUUGGUUAAGGCGAACCCGAUAUAAAUCAUUUCACACUGCUACGGGUAACUGCGUCGUUUUGGACGGAUAUAAACAUUCCUACAAACAGUUCAAUUGUACAAGCAUCACUUUUCAGCAUUACCGACUCAAUUCGCGCUUUCGUACGGAUGUAUGGCACCGUUCACAGAGCAACUUCAAACCCAUAAUAAACAUUUAGUAUCUAGUUAGGAGCCUACUUACAGAACGUUAGUUUUGAUGAGCAUAGUACUUUACAAACACACAGUAAACUUUAUGUAGUUCUUUCUGUGUACACGAACCAAUUUACCGUCAUGGCAGCAAAAAGUUACAGCACAAUGAUUACAUCUCAGAAUGUCUAUAUACACUAAGCAAAUAAUUACGAAAACUGUUAAUCUCACAGGGCUUACAGGCUGUACGUGACCAGUUAGUGGGAAUUGACCGUAUGGUCGAGAACGAAAAAUUAUAAAGAUGGGCAAUUAAAUUAGUUAUUUGUCGUAUAUUCUGACGAUUAGUCUCUUGUCAAAGUUUGUUCAGAUGCUGAUGCAAGUGCUGGAUUGGAUACACACAGCGAGAUGUUAUGCUGGGUGGAUAAACCUGAGUAGAAUGUAAACAAAUAAGUUUAUGUCUUCACUUUGUCGCAAAAGAUGUAUUCUGGGGAGACUCAAAGACAAUACUCGGGAUUCAUAUUAUUAAAAAUACUCAUACGAACUGUUAGUAAGAACUUCAAAGAUCCAGAGCAGUAAUGUUGUGAAUGAUGAAAAGUCUAGUGCCACCGAAUCGUAUCUACUUUACACCGUCAUUAGAUUGUAUCGAGCGAAGAGAUUGAAUAGUGUGGAGUUAUCUAGACAAAUGAUAUAUUGCUCAGACUGGGCGAUACAGUCAAUAUAUUGUCAGGGGUGGCUAAAGCAAUGAUAAGAACGCAAGCAACAAUGUGUAUCAUUGACCCUCCAGGUGUCACGCUGUGUCGACAUAAAUAGAUCACAAAAGCUAACUUUCACGGAACCUGUAAACUAAAACUAUCAGAGUUAGGAAAAAAGUCCAUUGGUUUGAUGACACCUAACAAUUUAUCCCAUAAGGGAAAACAUACUUUUAGGAUGGGAAAUCGCAAUAAUGCAUAUAUUAGGAAGAUCUAUGAUCAAGGAUGUGCACUACCGGAUUAUAAUAAUGUAACGGCGCAUAAAUUGUUUUGAGACCAUGAACCGACCAAUGUUAGACCACCAUUAGAAACCUGGAAGCUUCCAAGCAAUGCGCAUUCAUAAUUCUGCAUGCGGGAUUCGGACCCAGGACUUUCGGUCUCAAGUGAACACUUAACCUCUAGACCACUGAGUCGGCGUCUAGUGGUGUUAAUGUCUAACUUCAACCAAUCCACGAUAUUGCGCGACCAUCUUCGGAUGUUUUCGGUGAGGUAAUGCCUUACACCCGAUACGGAUUAGUUCCACUGGCCCCGUCUUCUUACAAGAACUUGGAUAAGAAUCUCUCGAACCUAGCCACUGGUGGGCACAUGUAAUUAUCAGUAUAGAGUUGUAGAGAUCGUGCCUAAUUAUUCUAUUAAAGCAAUUAUUUGAAACAAAGACGAAGUUUGUUUUGACUAACGGAAAAUGCACCACUUCUUUUUGAUUAAGUGAGAUAUGUUCAGUAGCCCUGGCGAAUUUUUAUCUCCAACAUUGAUUUCUAACGGCCAUAAAUUUUAACGUGAAUGAAGUAUAGCCAGUCUUUCUCAGGAAUUAAAGUGUUUUUUGAUGUCAAUUCGGGAGAUCACAGAAAUAUUAGGGAGUUUAACAAUUCCAGGAUUCGAAAUCCAGUAGUUACGUAAAAUAAGAGUGCGUACACGAAACCCGACUUCAGUCAUUAAAGAGGGAAAUGAUUACACAUUUAAUUUCAACAAAUUUUAUUGAAGACCGAAAAUUAUAUUUGAAUGAAACAAUUAAUGUUAUAGAAUAAAUCGAUACUUAUUAGUAACAGAGAUAAUC